AUGUUCGGUCCCAGACAAAAGAUUCUGAGAGGAUACAAUUCACAGAUAAAAACGGCGUUGCGUUCGACACUGAAAGAAAAGAGCUAUCCCUCUUCCACCUCAUACCAUGGAGUAUCAGACAAGACGCAUCAGAAUACAAGAUCAUCAGACCCGGUCUUGAACCUCCUUCGAUAUGUGGCGUCCGAAGACGAAGACAUACUCCAGGUCAUCAAGCACAAGUAUCUGAUGCAGAUAGUCGAGUACACAUUCCGCCCCUCCCCAACUGCAGACGAUCCAUUUGGAUAUGAUCUGCUCUACUACAUUAACAUCGCAAAAACACUUAUGGAGAAGCUGAGAGGCGUAAAGUCUCAAAGAAUUCUGCUUUCAAAGAAUCCCUCCACAUCUUUCAGGAAUAAAGUACAGAUCCUUGCCGAGGAGACGUUGGGUUGCGAGAUAGAAUGGUGGCCUUUUGCAGAGCCGCAUCGUAUCUCUGGUGUUCCUAUUCGCGUUGCUUGGUCUAAUGUGAGUGCAGCCACCAUUUUGUCCGCCAAAUCUGACCACUCUGAUGAAGCUGUGCGUAUGAUACCACGACGCGAGACUCCAUUAAUCGUCGCGCGUGAUGAAUCUGAGGUCUUCUGGGGUCUGCUGGUCAAAGAGAAAUACUCCAUACUCGCCAUUGUGAUCUACAACCUGUUGGCCAUGACACCCUCUCUGGCCUUCUUCUUCUGGUGGAUCUUUGGUUCUUCCGAAAAGGACUCAUCAAACGGUUCUGUUCCCGCGGCACUCACGUUGGCUGGAUUGAGUUUGUUCUGGGCUAUCAUUGUCAGUAUGAAGAUGCAGGAGUCUUAG